AUGUUACCAUCACAAACACCAACAAUUUCUAUUUCGGGGUCCUUUGGCACUGGAUUGAUCAUUGGGACGGGACAAAGCCUUCUCCACGGCGGUCCAGGCUCGCAGCUGAUCGCAUACAUUGUGAUGGGAGGAAAUGUGUACAAUGUCAUGACAGCACUGGCGGAGAUGGCUACCUAUGCCCCAAUGGACCAGGGAUUCCCCGGAUAUGCAACGAGAUAUGCUGAUCCUGCCUUGGGGUUUGCUACUGGAUACAACUACUGGUGCAAAUACAUCGUCGUCCUCGCGAACAACCUGACGGCAUCUGGUCUUAUCAUACGGUAUUGGAGGGCUGAUCUGAACGUCGGCAUCUGGAUCACGGUGUUUGCUAUACCAGUGAUUAUCAUCAACCUCUUUCAAGUAAAAGUAUUUGGUGAAAGCCAAUUUCUUGCGGGAUGGAUCAAGUUGUUUGUUAUGACAAUGCUAAUUAUCAUCUGUCUCGUCCGUUCCCUCAGCAACAAUGACGGCCAGGGUCGCAUUGGUUUUAGAUACUGGCGAGACCCAGGUGCUUUCGCCGAAUAUCUCGAACCUGGAGCUUUAGGACGUUUUCUUGGCUUCUGGGCUGCCUUCACCCAAUCUGCUUUCGCCUAUGUUGGUUGUGAGGUUGUUGGUGCUGCAUUCGGUGAAGCGGGUAACUUGAAAAAGGAGAUACCCCAAGCUAUCAAAUGGACAUUUUACCGAAUUGUGGUCUUCUACAUCUUCGGUGUCUUUGUGCUGGGCAUGGCGAUUCCAUACACAGACGAUAUGUUACUGGGGGCGUCGCACAAGAAAACGAGUGCCUCUGCUUCGCCAUUCGUCAUCGCAAUCAAGCGCGCCGGUAUCUCGAUGCUUCCAGAUAUCACCAAUGGAUCCCUUCUUGUCUUUGUGCUGAGCGCAGCAUCUUCUGACAUCUAUGUCUCUGCUCGCACACUGUACGCCCUUGCUAAGAGAUCGCAAGCUCCGAAGAUAUUCAGACGUACUGUUCAUGCCGCCAAACGCAGAGAGGAUGGGAAGCCGACGUUCCGCGACAGACUUCGGAGCUGGUCUUUUGGAGUACCUAUGCCAGCCGUCCUCUUUUGCUCUGUUUUCUUUCUGCUCGGAUACCUGAACGUCUCGAAGUCCUCGGCGACUGUCUUUGGAUACUUUGUCAGCUUGGUUACGGUUUUUGGGGCGCUCAACUGGAUCAGCAUCCUAAUAUCGUACAUUAAAUUUUCCAGAGGGCUUGCUGCUCAGGGCAUCAGACGCAGCGAGCUCCCUUAUAGAGGCCCCCUACAGCCGUAUGCGGCGUAUUAUUCUCUGGGGGUCACUAGCGCGGUGAUUCUUUUCAACGGUUUUGAUUCCUUUAUCCACAAAUUCGACGCUUCAAGAUUUGUCACUUCGUAUAUCGGGAUUGUGAUAUACCUAGCAAACUAUCUUGGAUGGAAGUUUUUCAAGAAAACACGCUGGGUAAAGCCUGCAUUGAUGGAUUUGGAAUCGAACAACAACAAAGAAGUGAUUGGCGGUCCAGUCUAGCUGGUAUGGGAGAUUGGCACUUCUUGGACAGACGCCAAGAGGAAAAUGUUGACACGAAACU